AUGAGUUCCUUCCUCGAUGAUAUUCGUUCUGGAGUUUCCCUUCGUAAAACCAACACAAAAAGCAAGCAAUCGACCAAUUCACGAAUGAUUUGCUCAUCCGAUGAUGAUUAUCAACACUUAUUGGAAGAAACAAAUUUUGAUACCUAUUUCAAAGUAAUUGAGCCAUUUUCCUUCCGAUCAUUGCAAAUGACAUUGGAAAGAAGUGAAAUCAAGGCAUUGAUUGAUGAAAAUGAAAAAUUCAAGAAGUGCGAAUUUCCACAAAAUGAAAAAGAUAAUGUAGUGGAAUAUGAUGAGUGGAAAGUUGGAGAAAAUGCAAAAAUUUUGAAUAAUUUAGCUGAUAGAAUUAGUAGUAAGAUGAAGGAAAUGGAAGAAUUGAGUGGAAGAAGUGGAGUUUUUAUUAGAUUGUCAACUCUUUCACCAAAGGAUGCAGCCAUUAAUAGAAAAGGAUUUGUCAAGUUAAUUCAUGAGGAAUAUUUGAAUAUUUUGAAGGAGAGUGAGCUAUUGGAUGAUAAAUCAUUGGAUAAGUCAGAGAAGACGAAUAUUAUCAUGUAUGCAUUAUAUAGAGCAAGCAUUUCAAUUUUGAAAAUUUACAAUGGACAUGAAGCAAUUCAAUUAUUAAUUGAAUCAAAGAGAGCUCAACAAGAAUUCAAAGCAAUGUUGGAUAGUCCAACAAAAUCACCACUUGAUCUUAUUAUUAGAGAGGUAUGUUUACUAGUUAUGAAUUUUCAAUUUGUUAAAGUUCUUUGUAAUUAUUUUGAAAAGUGGAACGACUUUGAUGUAGCUCAUGAAUUUAGAGCCUUUGUUUACAAUAGAAAAAUUACAGGUUUAACCCAAUACAACCCAGUUGUCUAUUUCCCAACGCUUUUCAAACAAAAGGAUCAAAUCAAACACCUUAUCAUUUCAUUCAUCUUGGAAAAUAUUGUAAACAAUGCAGAAUUACCAAUUUCAAACUAUGCAAUCGAUAUUAUUCUUGUCAAGGACAUGACAAAUGGAAAUUUAAUUGUGAAAAUUGUUGAAUUGAAUCCUUUGGCUGAAUUUACAGGAACUGUUUUAUUUUCUUGGGAAGAGGAUCGUGAGAUAUUAAUGGGAGAUUGUAAUGCUAAUUUUGAAUGUGAAUUUCGAAUGUUAAACGGAGUGGCCAAGUUUGCAGCUGUGAAUUGUGGACCUGAAUGGCAAGUUGCACUGAAAAAGCUUCAUCAAUACUUUUUACAAUGA